UCACUUUCUCAUCACGAUGGAUACACUCGAUGGGACCGACUGGGAUGUGAUCAUCUCAGGCACAGGUCUACCACAGUCGCUACUUGCGCUAGCUCUGUCUCGGUCCGGCAAGAGUGUCCUCCAUGUCGACCGCAACGACUAUUAUGGCGGCAACGAAGCUGCCCUGAGCCUGUCCGAUGCGGAGUCGUGGGUGUCGAAACACGCCGCGAGCUCUCACGCCCUGCCAACGACGUUCAGCAAUGCGGUAUCGAAGUCCGCUGGGCAGGACACCGAGCAGAACAACCUGGGCCAUUCCCGCGCCUACUCUCUCGCCCUAGCCCCACAGCUGUUGUACGCCCGAUCUUCGCUGCUGUCCGCAUUGGUGUCAUCGCAGACUCACAAUCAGCUCGAGUUCCAAGCGGUCGGCUCUUGGUUCGUGGUGUCACGGGCCUCAGAAAAACUAGUAGGGCAAUGGGAAAUCACGAGGGUACCUGGCGGGAGAGAAGAUGUGUUUCAGGACAAUACACUAAAUCUCAAGGCAAAGAGAAGCCUGAUGAAGUUCCUGCGCUUCGUCGCCAGCAGCGAGGAGCAAAAAGAUUCAUGGGAGGCAGAUCACACAAAAGCGUUCUCAGCGUUCUUAUCGGAAAGUUUCGGCCUGCCAGAAGCAUCGCACGCAGCGAUCAUUGCGCUCACUUCAAGUCAGCAGCCAUCGCAAAGCGUCACCGUUGCAGAUGCUGUGCCUCGAAUUGCUCGACACCUCAGCAGCAUUGGCGUGUUUGGACCUGGCUUCGGUGCAGUGGUCCCGAAAUGGGGUGGUCUGGCUGAAGUCGGUCAGGUUGCUUGCCGAGCAUGCGCUGUGGGCGGUGGCGUCUACGUCCUUGGAAAAGGCGUUGACGAGGUGCGUGUUGAGGACGACCAGAGCCUCUCCGUCACUCUCGGCGGUGGUGAGAAAGUGAUAGGACAAUGGCUCGUUGGAGACAAUGAGAACUUGCCCGCAUCAACUCUGACAGAAGAAUCUUCAUCCGAGUCUUACACCUCGGAGAGCAUCUCCAUCAUCUCAUCACCGCUGGCCGCCCUGUUUCCUCCAACAUCCGAAGGAGGUCCAACGCCCGCCGGCGCUGUGAUCCUUGUGCAAUCAAGCACCGAUACUGAGCCACCGGUUCACAUUCUCGCGCACUCCAGCGAUUCGGGCGAAUGCCCAACCGGACAAAGCGUCCUUUAUGCUUCGAGCUUCGAGCGAUCAGAUUCUGGUUUCAGCCGACUGAACGACGCUAUACAAACUCUCCUACAGAGUCUACAGGAGGAGCCUCCGCCGCCCCGAGUUCUGUGGGACAUGCAGUAUGAGCGACGGCAUGCAACGAGCAACGUGACUCGCACUGCUGACGAUCGUGUGAUUGCACUCAAGCCUAUGCCGGCAGACCUUACUUUCAACGAUUCUGUAUUAAGAGACGUUCAGGACGUCUGGCAGCAGAUAACGGGUGCUGAUCCAGAGAGCUUUCUCAAGUUCGAAGCACGAGAGAGCACUUUCGACGAAGACGGUUCCAGCUAA